UAAGGCAACGGCACACCUUGUGGUUGUUGUCAAUUUCCCCCCCUUAGCUAGCCAGAACAAGUUGAGAGCUAUCAUGUAGUUUCAUAAUUAUAAUAUUUAGCUUUACAACAAUAACGAAAAUGUCGGAUAUAUUAUGCAGGUGGCUUAACGUAGAGCUCCGGCUAUCAAAAACUGUUGACCCCAGGUCCAUCUCUAAGGAUUUUGCAAAUGGCUAUCUUAUUGGAGAGGUCCUGCAUAAAUAUCAACUGCAGGGGGAUUUUGACCUGUUCUUAAAGAGCAACACUGCAAACUCAAAGCUGAAUAACUUCACACUCAUGGAACCCACAUUGCAACUGCUCGGAGUUUCCUUGGACCUGAGCAUGGCCCAAGCAGUGAUGCGGGAGCAGCACGGUGCAGCCACACGGCUGCUUUAUCAGCUCUUCAUACUGCUGCAGAAGAAGAGGAAAGCCGGCCUGACAGGCACAGCUAUGGAGGCUAUGCAGCCAGCUGCCACAGCUUUCCUCCACCGUGUUGAGAAUGACAUCUACUCUGAGCGCCUGAGGACAGUCGUCAAGAGAGAGGCUGAUCUGAAACUCCAAAAAAUCGCUCUGAAGUACGAAAUCAAAGGUCGAGAGAUAUAUGACAAGUCUGUCAUGGCCCACUUUGUGGAGGAGCAGAGACGGCAGAAAGUGCAGGAAGAGAUGAGACUCCAGGACAUUGAAAAGCACCGACACGCACGCAGAAAGCAGCAUGAGAUGAUGACUCGAAUUCAGACCGCCGUCAUCCAAAUUCCCAAACCCCCGCCCAACCGGACGUUGAAGGCCCUGGAAAAACAACAACAGAACCAGAAGAAGCAGGAGGCUCAGAAGGUUCACAUGGAAAUCGCCCAGUUUGAGAAGAACAGGAAGAAGUUGUCACCUGCUGGCGGCUUUGGCACCUCUUCUUUGAGUGCCCAGCACAUGUCCGCUUUCCACAGUGAGGCCCCCAGAAGCCAUGGCUCCCAGUUGCAGAGGCCUGAGGAGCUGGCUCAGGCCAACAGCGAGUACAUCCAGAAAAUCCGCCAGAGGCUGGAGGAGGAUGCAACAGCUCGUCAGCAGAGGGAGAAACGCCGCCGUCACGUCCUAGUGGAACAACUGAAAGCCCACGAGGCCCAAGAGGAGGCCCUUCGAGAGGAGCAGCUGGUGGAGCGUCUGACCCGUCAGUCCCAGCUGGAGAGACGCCUGGCCGUCCAGCUCAUGCAGCUCCGCCAGCAGAAGGAUGUUCUCCGACAGAACCGAGUGUUCCGCGAGAGACAGUACCAAGAGCAACGGCUGAGGGAUUUCCAAGAGGCCUUGGAGAGGGAGGCGGCUCUAGCACGCCAGGCCAGUUUGGAUCACGCCGAGGAAACUCGGAAGGAGAUUGAGGUACAUGACAGGAUAGCGACGGAGCGUGCCCAGGCUCGCUACAGGAAGCACUCCGACAGCUGCAGAGAAAUACUGGAGCAGAUAGUGGACCUGGCCACGAAAGCUGGAGAGUACCGCCUCCUCACUGGAAAUCUUAUCCCUGGGAAGUUGAUGCGGGAAUGGAAGGAGCUCAUGUUUUGCGGGAAGCCCCUGUAUGACAGUGACAGUCUGGAGGAGCUACCUGCCGACCCCACCCCAGAGCAGUUCAUUGAGGUUGAGAAACAGGAGAUCCUUAACAACCAGGACUAUGAUGAGUAUAUGAGCAUGACUGGUGAGUGGACCUGGCCAGAGGAGGGGGAGAAAAAGCCCCCCCCAUCCAACAACAAUAUCCUGGGACAUGUGGUGCUCCGCCUGCAGACUAUUGUGAACCCCCCCAAACCAGACACCCUUCCUCCCUUCUUUCCUCGGUUCACACUGAAAGCCUGUGUGCUAGGGAAGCUUUUCUCCGGGAAGACCACAUGCUUAACCAGGAUUGCCAAAGUCCAUCACAUCCACAUCCUGUCAGCUAAUGUUCUGAUCCAGGAGGCUCUGGCUGCACAUCAGCUUGGACAUGAGAGCCCAGAGAGCUGUGAAACAUUGGCCACUAAAGACAUCGACCAGGUGGAGAUGGAUACUGAGAUGGAGGAGGAGUCGUCACAGGGUUCAGGCCCACUCGCUCAGGAGCCUCAGCAGCAAGGAGCCAAGAAAAAACCCAAGCUCUCUGUGAGGGCCCAGCAUGGAGCAGCAGUGGAAACGUUUCUCAGAAAAGGGAGAUCCGUCCCAGACGAGCUCCUUGUGGACAUUGCAGUCGAAGCUAUCAGGGCAAACAGCAGACUACCAGGCUGGAUUCAGUACAGGAUAACAGUACAGGAUAUGACCCAGGCCAAACGGACUGUGUUUGUAGAUGAGGAGGAGAGCUCUGGCCUGGCUGGGGCUGGUGAGGAGAGCUGUGCCCCUGCUAGAGAGCACACUGUUGUCAUCGCCAGGGACAAGAGCCUGGAGAAGAGACAGAUCCAGCACAGGAUCACAGCCUUCCAGGAUACCUGGCCCAAGCUGGAGAAGUGGUUAUCUGGUAAACAGAGCAUUCUGAUGAGACUGAAUGCUGAGAUGUCGGAGGACAUGCUCUUUAGAAAAGUGGAAUCCAUCCUGUACCAGGCCAUGAUGCAGUCGGAAAAAGGUGAGGGAGUUGUUUUGGACAGUGGGAAGGCACCAGCGGUCUCAACUGCUCUCGUCCAGGUAACUCCGGUUGCGGUCCCAGCUCCCACUGAGUCCACCUCCACCCUCACCCAGGAGGGCCUGACUCCACCUGUGAAAUGCUCCAGCUCCAAGUCCAACUCUCGCUCCCCCAAAGAUUCACAGAGCAACAUCGAGAAGAACACAUCCGAAGGGAAAGAUGUCCAUCUUAAGCUGUCCAAGUCAGGAUCAGGAGGAGCCGAGGGGCAUUCUAGAAAGUUGUCCAUAGCCUCCUCCUUUGAGAAUUCCCAUGGUGUGACCACCAGCCCUACAGAGCCCCUAGCUCCCACCCCUGGUACUGCACACUGGGUGUAUGUGGACGAGCCCCUUCCCAAGGAGAUACCAGAGUACCUGGUUCCAUACUGGGAGAAUGUGUGUAACUCCUAUGUGACUAACGUCAAGGCUGUGAUGCAGAACCUCCGCGCAGAACGCAUCUUGAUCAUUCACCAUCUGUUUAACAUCAGAGAGGAGUUUAAGCAGUACCUCCGACGGCCCGACCUGAAGCAAGAGUUUGUAUCCCAGUGGCAGCAGAACUAUAACAGCAUCCCCAAGGACAUGAGAGAUGACGAGGAGACCAAGGCAGAGCUGCACCAGCGUCUGGAUGACCUGCGCGAGCGUCUGUGGGACAUCUGUGAUAAGCGUAAAGAAGAAGCGGGGCAGGAGCGGGCGGCGAUCAUGUGCGACGGCUGGCUGGAAGACCAUACGGCGGUGCUCAUCAACCAUUUCUCCACACUAAUGCAGGUGGAAGUGGACCGAUUCCAGGACUCUCUACGUCUCCUGCGGGAUUACUACACAGGCAUGUACAAACAGGUGCUGUCUGAGGCGGGGCCAGAAUUCACCUGUAUUCCACUGCUAGACAUCGUGGCGCUGGAGGAGCCAGGAAACCAGACUGACAAAUCCAAGAGUUCUGAAAGAGUCACCAAGAGUGCUGGUAAAAGAGACUGUGAAGGAGACGAAAAGAAGAAAACCAAAGUUGUUCCACUGAUUCCCCGCAGACCUCCCUCUACCGAAGUGGCCUCUAUGAAACAGAAGGGCUUCCAGGACCCCGACGAGAAGCUGCUGCACGACAUCUAUCAGACUGCUCUGACAGCCAUCAACAACAUGGUGUCAGUGGAGGCGGCUCAACGCGAGGCAGAGGAGAAUGAGGAGGCUCAGCAGCAGAUGGAUAGAGAACGGCUACAGAGAAUGUCCCAAGCCUCCGCCUCUGCUGCAGCCGCCGCAGCCAACUCUGGCAAGGACAAGAAGAAAGCUGGCACCAAGAAGAAAGGCCCUCCCUCCCCUGCUCAGGAGCCCAGCCCACCCCCUGCCCCAGAGGAAGAUUCAGAGGAGGUCUGCAAGAGGGCCAUACGGAACAAAAUCAGACAGGAGUAUGCUGCAGCCCUCGACCAUGAAGACAGUGCAGUGAAGGUGCGUGUGGAGCUGGUCAAGGCCUGUGCUCUGUGCAUGGUGAGGGUCCUGCACAGACAGGCAGAGCAGGCCUUCAGGAACAUGGAGGAGUGGCUGGGAGCCCGCUUCCUGUCUGAGAUGAACAGCAUUGACCAGCUGGCUGAGGUGGUGCGUCACCACAUCGAGUCAGCCGCCAAGCUCCAGAGUGAACUGAUGCUGGUAUGCACAGACUUCUUCCUGAACGGGGACAUUCGGGUUGUGGUCAGCCCCCCUAACCCUCCUCGCCCCGCCCCUUUGGAGCUUCCCACAGACAGCACUCUCACCAUCCUUCAGUUGGAGGCCUUCUACCGCCAGCUACGCAAGGUGGCGCCCACAGGUGUGCAGUGCAGUACUGACUUCUGGGAGAUCCUGCAGGAGAUCACCUCUCUGAACAUGGGGACCAACGCUCUGCCAGACCCCUGGAUGCACAUCUCAGAGUCUCAGCUGGUGGAGCUGGUGUCGAUGCUAACCCAGAACACAGAGAUGCUGGACUGGCGUCAGUUCCUGCUGAGUGCCGCCCUCCCCUGGCCCACCCCUACUCUGCCUCAGCUGCUGCAAGUGUUGGCCCGCUUCAAGAUGGAGGACGCUGGGGCCACAGGGUCUUUGACUGAGGAGCAGUACUUAAAGGUUGAGUUGUGGUUCCCUAGUGAGCGGGCACUGCCCAUUCCCGAAGACCUGUCUGAGCCACUUCCUUACGAUCGCUUGGCUAAUCUACGGAAGUUUUUCUUCCUGCUUUUCGCCGACCCCGAUUGCUCGCCAGCUCGUGUGGACUACGUGACCAUGCUGCUGUACUUCGCCGCCCACCCUGACCCUACGCAGGGCUUUGUCCGAGCUCUCAGUGUCGUCAUGGGACAGCCGCUUCGACACCAGUCUAGCAGUAGACUUCUCAAGUCGGUGCCUUACAUGGAGGAGGGGCUGAGUGAGUCGACCGAGCUAGAGGAGGAGGUGGAGCCUCAGGGGGGGCCAAGAGGGGAGGAGGGGGUGUCCAUUCCUGCCCUCCUCCGAGCUAUCUGUCACGGGGGAGCCUGGGGGGCAUGCCAGAACCGCUUCCAUCCCAACUGGAAGAGUCCUGAUGAAUAUCAAGAGGACUUUGUGAAGGUCUACAGAGAACUGGGGUACAAGGUUGAGGACAAGAUUCCAUUCUCCAUCCUAUCCCAGCAUCCGGUCAUACAAGAUCUGAUCGAGGGCUCUGCUCAAUACCAACUCAUUGAUAUUCACCGAGCUCUGCAGGUCCAACAGAGCGAAGGGGAGCCUCUGUCUUUGAUGGUGUCUUAAGAUAAAUAUACCUAAUAUAUCACGCAGUUAACUCUCACAAGCCAACCUGAGAUUCCCAUCCACUUAGAAAUGCAGUUGAUUUCAAAUUAAUUCUGCAAAUUAUAAAGUAAAAUAAUUAGAAUUAAUUAUUUCAAAAUGUUAACCUUCAGUUUAUGAAUGACAUGCCUCUUUCUUGAAGUAAAGUGUUUCAUUAAAAUCACAAAAAUGAA